AUGUGGAUAGAUCCUCGAGGUUUUUUAGCUUUUGAUUGGACUUUGUCCUUAUCACACCAUGGCUCUUACUUAAAUAUUGAUGACAUUUUGUCCACAAACGAUCGGUUGCCUUGCAAAACCCGGAUUUCAGUGCACAGAAUCGCGCAUUUACUUAUUGGUUCUGUCCAGUCUUCUAAACGGUCUCAACCUAGCACUGAGGACGCUAUGUAUGAGAGUGACGUUCCCCAAGGCGCGAAGCUUGAAAUACCCAUUUGGCUUAUAACCAGUAUUGGCAGUAGCCGACGGCAAAUAUUUUUAAUUGAACUUCCAAUUAUUUACAGAGAAAUCUAUCGGGAGGUUUUCGCCGCUGACCCCUGGGUUGUCGAUCUCCGAAGAAAAUGCCCCUAUUUUUACUCCGUCGGCUGCCAUUUGUCAAGUCUUUUAUUUUCAGAAAUGCCUGCUGUAAUUGCCACCCUUGAAGACGUCUUCCAGCGACGCAUUAAAAAUCUCAUGGAGGCUUCUAUCAACGCGAAAAAAGUAUCAAUUCUAGGAUUAAUUUCCAGGUUAGAGGAGCUGGAACAGGCGCUUUUCCGGAUAGGUCGAAGUGGGCGGUGUAGCAUCGAUCGCUGGUUCUCGCGGCUGCACUGGCGUCUAGAGCCCUCCACGGUUGCCAAGGUCGCAGAGGCAUCUGCCGAGGCGUCAGCGCCGCCGUCGAAGAGAUCGCGAGAAGCAUCGGCCCUGGCGGAAUGGAAUUGA